AUGUCAUCAAAAAAACAUGGAAUAUGGGUCGAUGGUAAAAAGUACAACAUUUCUUUCACAGGUAAAUUUUAAUUAGAGAGACAGAAAGUUAAGAGGAAAAGUAAACUGCAAAAUGACAAAGUUUGGAAUUAAGUAGGCAAAGCAGCCAAAUUUUCUGUUUAAUUGAACAUUCAGAGUUACUCAUUGAAAAAAGGGAAAGAAAACAUUCCACACAGAGCCUAUUAUUACUUCACUGCACAAUAACAUUGAGUCAUUGUUUAAUUGAAUUAAGUUAAAUCAUGUGGAGAAGUGAGUCUUCCUGAGACAAUUUUUUUAUUAUGUGUUAAUUCUCAUGUGUUAUGAACAUCAAAGUAUAUUCUGUAAUUGUUUCCUUAAAUUUCCUUUUUCUGCAGUAACUCUUGAUUACAAGGCCUUGCUGCUUGAUGAAGAUUUCCUUCUUGGUGGGAAAGGAUAUGGUGUGGAAUUUUGUGUAUUUUGUGAUGCAAUCAGGGUAAUUAUUUCUCUUGAUAUUUUCCUUGCUUUUAAUUUUUUCAUCAACUUAUGAUCAGAUCAGUUUUCUGAAAGUAGAAUGGCAUCAAGUCAAAUUUGAGGUAGUACAUGGCUGUAGUGAAAAACAGCCAUUGAUGACUUUAUUUUGUAGAAUAUAUCUGUUGUUAAAGUGCAUGAAAUUACCUAAGAAAUGAAUUUUAAUUAAAUACUUAUUUUCAUUGAGGCCUGUACAUGCCAUGGAGUUGAUGCAGAUGAAACCUGUCUAGAUUGUUUAAGGUCAAAAGCCAACAUCGGAAGGUGAGAUACCUGAUAAAAUUUAUUGGUAUCAUACAGACAUGUUUCAUGUGUGGCAAAUCUAACCCAACCAACUCUCUUUACUUUCUCUUUAUACAGGUGUUCAGGCCUUCGAGAUGACCUUAAUUUCCUAUUGGAGGAAGAAUUAAGCAGCAUUAAUCUUUGUUCUCUGCAUUGUGAGAUGAGAAAUUGUGAACAGCUUUUGGGUUCAUUGGGGUUGUUUGCCUAUCGCAUUGGAAGCCUUGAUAAAUUAAAUGAGGUUUUGUCCAAUUAUGGUCCUGAAAAUUGCUGUGGGUUUCCACGAGUAACUAUCAAGGAACGAAAAGGCCAGCAAACAGAAAUAAUGAGACAAAACAUUUAA